AUGUCUGCACCAACAGUAACAAAACGUGCCCGCGCAAACACUGCCGGUGACACGCUCGCCCAGUCAAGCACAGAUGCAGAGACUACACCACAACAAGCGAGCGGAGGAGUUCAACCCAGCCCCACAGAGGAGGAGUUACAGCUCUUGAAGCUCCCACAGCUAUCCGAGCUUCUAAAAAGGGCUGCGGAAAUGCAUCCGGAUGUGAACGCCAUGGUCACUGACGCGAUCAAGGAAGAACGUGAGAAGCGCCAAAAAGUAGUCAUCAAUUUUGAUCAUUAUUCUUCGUCUAUUUGGAAGUCGAUCAAUAUCACAUAUCGCUCUAUGUCAGGCUCCAAACAAUACGACAUGGCAUGGGAUGUGGCCGGCAGCGUCACUUCUACUGUUGGGAUGAUUGCACAAAAGUGCGACGCGAUGGCCAGUCCUCAAACCCGACUGAAUGGGCUAUCAGCGCUACGCAAGAUUGGCAAGACGAUUAUUCUCUCAAAUGACACGCUGGGCAGCGAGGUGCGGAAGCAGUUUCAAUCGGACCCGAGCUUGGAGAAUGCGAUGCAUGACAUUGUGUCUGCGAUGUCGGUUGAAGAAAGAGGGGCAAUCAUGGAAGAUGAUAGCGGGUCGGGCUCUCUUUGGGACAGAUUGGACGAGUUAGAGAAUCUUGCACAUGGUUACUGUGUGUUUGAAGGACUUAAGCAGGUCUUGGACUUGAUUGAAGGGAAAGACGGGGAUUACGAAGGCUCCGAUAAUGAUGAUGAAGAGCUUGAAGGUGAAGAAGAUGAGCUUGAAGAAGAUGAGUACGGGGCAACCGGCGAUGAGCGAGAUAUCUGUUAA